CAAGUGGAAUGGUUCAAGUUGGAUGAAUUACCUGGUAUCAAGCCUGGAACUAAAGCCACCGGUCGAUUUUAUAUGGUUGUUCCAUUCGUAUGGUAAAUUGAGAACAAGCGAAAAAAAAAACAAAAAGAGAAAUAGAAGGGGAAAAGGGAAGUUUCUUGCACAAGAAGGUUAUUAAGUCUUUGAGUUAGCAAACUUAAAUCCGCAUUGCCGUUGAUUCGCAAGGAGUAUUAUCGAUCUAAAGGAGGAAAACCACCAAGAAAUCAUAACAAUAAUAACAGCAACAGCAACCACCAUCAUCAACAACAACAACAACAACAGCGAGAUCAUCAUCAUCCAAAAGCCUCCCGCAAUAACAAUAAGAAAUCCAACAACGGCAAAAAGGCAGCGCCGACGUCAAUGGUACCGCCUCCUUCACCUCCGCAAGAUACUACGGCUGCCACCACUAGUAGUAGCAGCAACAGCAGUAAUGCUACCCCUGAACCUUCAGUUGCCUUAAAGUCUCUUUUGGGCAUAUCCGCCGGUAUUGGUGGUAGCAAUAGCAGUAGCAGCAGCACCCCCGUCGCCGCGAACGCCAAGAUUAAUGCAACGUCGCCUCUCCCACCAGCUAAUAAAGCUGCAUCUUCUGCUGCUGCUGCUGCAACGGCAGUAGUAAAUAAAGAAGAACAGCAAGAACAGCAAUCAAAGGUAGCAGCAGCACCCGAGCCGUCAGUGGCCCUAAAAUCGUUGCUGGGAAUCCAAAAGCCAAGUUCUCCUGACGCAUCGCGAUCGGCAAGUAGCACGAGCACGAGCACGACGCCCGAACAGUCCGCGUCGACAGAAAACACGUUGCUUCAAAUGUUACAACGUGCACAGCCACUUACUGCGCCUCCGCCUUCUUCUGAUGCUUCUGCUACUACUCAGGAAAAACAGCAAGAAUUACAUCCAUUGUUACAAGUGUUCAAAGAUGCAGGACACGAGAUCAAAAACCUCAAUCCAUCACAACCACUUUCAACGCCAUCAAAAAUCCCGGCACCAGUAGCAACAGCAGCAUCACCUUCUACUACUACCAAUGCAGCAGAAUUGCACCCAUUGAUUGCGCUGCUGAAGAGUGCAGAAGUCAAAACCGAGGAACAGACGAUUGUGUCAACACCUUAAAUCUCGAUUAUUUGAAGAUUUGUUACACGGCAUUAAACCAGAAAAGGACUAUAUCUUCCCCACCAUCCUCAUUCCAUCCCCCAACUCUAUUUUCUAUCACCACUACAUCGUUACUGACUGUUAGCAUUACAACUCUCCCAAACUUAAAGGGUCGUUCAAAACACACCCCUCAGUGAUAGUAUGAUGUUACAUGUAUUUUAUAUACUUUGUAUGUGUUUAGUACAUGUAGAUGUUUCCAUCGAAUAUACGCUGUCCGAGAAUACAAUACAUAUAUUAUUUAUGAAAUACCAACAGAAAUAAAGACGAGGGAUGGUUUCUAUAUUUAAAAAACAGCUGGCAGGCGUGUGAU